AUGCAUAUUCUUAUCACUGGCGCCGCCGGCUUCAUCGGCCAGCUGCUCGCAAAGGAACUACUGAACGACCCAUCCUACCGCGUCACAUUAACCGAUAUCAACCAACCGCCAAUUCCCAAGGGCGUUCAACAUCCCCAGAAUGCAAAAGCCGUCAAGGCUGAUCUCCUGACCGGGGCAAAGGACAUUGUCGACUCUUCCCUAGAUGGCGUCUACGCCUUCCACGGCAUCAUGUCGUCAGGCUCCGAAGCCAACUUCGACCUAGGCAUGAGCGUCAACAUCGAUGCCACACGCAAUUUGCUCGAGGCACUGCGGCACACUUGCCCAGGUGUGCGGGUCAUCUACUCCUCCAGCCAGGCGGUCUAUGGUCAACCCUUGCCGGAGAUUGUCACCGACAGUGUCAUCCCAACCCCGGAGUCCUCCUAUGGCGCUGAGAAGAUCGUCUGUGAGACUCUGGUGAAUGAAUAUACCCGUCGCAAGUUCAUUACCGGAUUCACGCUGCGGUUCCCUACCAUCUCGGUUCGCCCCGGUGCACCAACCGCCGCGGCUUCAUCUUUCUUGUCGGGUAUGAUCCGUGAGCCUCUUGACGGCAAGAAGUGCAUUAUUCCUAUUGAAGACCGACAGUUCAAGUCGUGGCUCUGCUCACCCAAGACACUUGUGCAGAAUCUUCUUAUCACACUCCGCCUGCCUGCCGACUCGGUUCCUUUGCAUAUUCGCCAGAUUAAUGUGCCUGGCAUUUGUGUCACGGUUCAGGGCAUGAUGGAUGCAUUAGAGAAGGUGGGCGGCAAGGAUGCAUUGGCACUUCUCACGGAAAAAGAGGAUCCUGCAGUGAUUCCGAUUCUGAAGUCUUGGCCGACACAGUUCGAUAAUACUCAGGCUAUUUCUUUGGGCUUCAAGCGUGACGAGUCAUUUGAGCAGACCGUCAGGGAUUAUAAGCAGGAAUUGCAGUGA